CCGCUAUAAAUCCUUCCAUUCGGUGAGAAUGAUGGCAUUGGCAAGCUAGGAAGAAGAAAUACUCGGAAACGAGAAGAGGGCAGCCACUGGAUCGUUCUCGAAUCUUCCAUUCGGUUCAUCACCAUUGCAGUUGUAGAUUAUAGAUGGAAACUGGAGGCAAUUCCCUAGCAUCUGGGCCAGAUGGAGUGAAGAGAAAAGUUUACUACUUUUAUGACCCAGAGGUCGGCAAUUAUUAUUAUGGGCAAGGGCAUCCAAUGAAGCCACACAGAAUUCGCAUGACACAUGCUCUGUUAGCUCACUAUGGUUUGCUGCAAAACAUGCAUGUUGUGAAACCUGUUCCUGCUAGAGAUAAGGAUCUUUGCAGGUUUCACGCUGAUGACUAUGUUUCUUUUCUAAGGGGCAUCACCCCAGAAACACAGCAAGAUCAGUUGAGGCAGCUAAAAAGGUUUAACGUUGGUGAAGACUGCCCUGUGUUCGAUGGUCUCUACUCCUUUUGUCAGACUUAUGCAGGAGGUUCUGUUGGAGGGGCAGUGAAGUUGAACCAUGAGUAUUGUGAUAUUGCAAUAAACUGGGCAGGUGGGCUGCAUCAUGCGAAAAAAUGCGAGGCUUCUGGUUUCUGCUAUGUUAAUGAUAUUGUGUUGUCAAUUCUGGAACUUCUGAAAGUGCACCAGCGUGUCCUAUAUGUAGAUAUCGACAUUCAUCACGGUGAUGGUGUGGAGGAGGCUUUCUACACAACUGACAGGGUCAUGACUGUUUCUUUCCAUAAAUUUGGAGAUUAUUUCCCGGGUACAGGGGAUAUACGAGAUAUUGGAUAUUCAAAGGGAAAAUAUUACUCUCUGAAUGUUCCCCUGGAUGAUGGCAUAGACGAUGAAAGCUACCAAUCAUUGUUUAAGCCCAUAAUUGGCAAAGUGAUGGAAGUGUUCAGACCUGGUGCGGUUGUCUUACAGUGUGGUGCAGAUUCCUUAUCAGGAGAUCGGCUGGGCUGUUUUAAUCUCUCGAUUAAGGGUCAUGCUGAAUGUGUGAGAUACAUGAGAUCUUUCAAUGUGCCCUUACUCUUGCUUGGUGGGGGAGGCUAUACAAUACGUAAUGUUGCUCGCUGCUGGUGCUAUGAGACAGGAGUUGCACUUGGGGUUGAGCUAGAAGAUAAGAUGCCUCAGCACGAGUAUUUUGAGUACUUUGGUCCUGACUAUACUCUUCAUGUUGCUCCAAGUAACAUGGAAAAUAAGAAUUCUCGUCAGCUGUUGGAUGAAAUACGAUCAAAGCUUCUUGAUAAUCUCUCUAAACUUCAGCAUGCACCAAGUGUGCAAUUCCAGGAGCGGCCGCCUGAUACAGAAUUCCCUGAGGCGGAUGAAGAUCAAGAGGAUGAUGAUCGAAGAUCAGAUGAUUCUGAUGUUGAUGAAAAUAACGAGGGUAAGCCUUUUCUUGGCCGUGUGAAGAGGGAACUUCAUGAUAUGGAGUCUAAGGACAUGGAUGACGGAAAAGAAGGUGAACGUGCUAGAGAGAUGGAUGCAUCCUUUGCUGAGAUAUCCAUAAAGGCUUCAAAUUCCGGGUCGGCACCUGCAGACAUCAAACUAGAACAAGGAAACUCGAACAAACCCGAUCAGCCGCCUGCCGAGAUGAACUUAUAGUAUAUGAUAGCAUAUGUUCCUGAUGAACUUAUUAUAGUGAUAGCAUAUGUUUCUGAUGAUGCUUUUACUGCAAUUUCCUUAAAAACUUGUUAGAUUUUGUGUAAUCUGUUGUAGAAAACUGGCCAGAAAAUGUUAACUAGUUGGUUGAAUGGAAUGAAAUAUCAAAACUUUUUAAGCUA